AUGGCGCCGGUUGAAUUCUUUGUUUUUCUCGAGGGCUCGGCGCUGAAUCGCGGGAAAAGAGAAAGCUGGCUUCAAGUGUGCCGGAAAGCUCUUUCGAUGAAGCUCGCAGCCGCCAUGACGGCGUCGAAGCCAGCGCGGCGCGGCGUCAUCAUCACUGGAGGCUCGAGCGGCAUCGGCCUCGCUCUGGCGACAGCGCUGCUGCAAAAUGGAGGCGAGCGGUACAAGGUCUAUGUCACGGGAACUCGCCCGCUGGCCGAGACGGAGCUGGCGCCACUGGUGCAGUCGAUCGAAGCGUCUGGCUCUCGAAGCAUCCAUUACUCGUCGGGCGACACGGGCGACGAGCCCACCGCGAUGAAGUUCUUCGACGGCGUGCCGUUCUUCGGCCUCUGCAUCAACGCCGGCAUCGGCGGAGGGCGCUACCCGCUGGAGGAGUUCGACGUCGAGCGCUUCGACCAGAUGUUUCGCACGAACGUGCGCGGUGUCUUCCUCUGGCUCAGAGCCUCCCUCCCCGCGCUCAAGGCUGGCCGGCAGUCGCAGGUUGUCGUCACGUCCAGCGUGAUGGGCUCGCGACCCAGCGCGCAGGCCGCGCCUUACUGCGCGACCAAGUACGCGGUCAACGGCCUCGUGCUCAGCCUGCGCGCCGAGCUCAAGGCAGGUGGCCACUCGCACGUCAAGUGCGGCCUCGUAUGCCCCGCGGGCGUCGCAACGCCGUGGUGGGAGGACGCGGCGCGCGGCUUUGCGGCGGCGGGCGCGCCGUCGGUCGACACGUCAAAGUUCCUCGCGCCGCGGGCGGUGGCGGACGCGUGCGUGGCGAUGCUCGAGCAGGACGCGAGCUCAAACGUGGAGAGCGUCAUGCUCGAUGCGACCGGCUCGGCUCCUCUCGCUGUGCUGGCGCGACCCACACAAGAGGGAAAUCGAUAA